AUGGAUGAUAAAGAAAAGGCAUCCGUUGGCCUGGAGCCAGCCUCCACCACUGCGCAGAGAGUGGGCUACUACCCAGCCACUCCUGAGCAAGAGCGCCUGGACAAUCGCGUCAAUCUCAAACUAGACUGCAUCGCCGUCUUCCUCGUCGCGUGCGGCUUUCUGUUCCAAGGCAUCGACAAGGGCAACAUUGGCAACGCAGCCACAACAGAAACCUUCGUCUCCGACACCGGCAUCCUCAAGACCGAUGUCUCCGACUCCGUCUCUCUCUUCUCCGCCACCUACGUACCCUUCAUGCCCAUAUCCCUAGCCCUUGCCUACCUCCUCGGACCGGGCCGCUGGAUCCCCAUCAUGAUCCUCGGCUGGGGCGCCGUCACCCUCGCCCAGUGCGCUCUCCACGGCCGCGCCAUGCUCUUCGGCCUGCGUCUCCUCCUCGGCGCCUUCGAGGCCGGCUACGUUGCCACCUCAUACUACUACGUCGGUACCCUGUAUCCCGCCUACAUGGCCGGUUUCCGCAUGGGCCUCGUCUCCACCAGCUUCACCUUUUCCGGCGCCUUCUCCGCCCUCAUCGCCUACGGCAUCCUCCAGCUCGACUCCCCGCUGGGCCAACUGGCAGCUCAUACGUGGUUCCUCAACGCCGAGGAGCGCGCGCAUGCCGUUCGCCGCAUGGAGCUGGACACUGCCAUCAUGGACGGCGCGGGCGGGCAUGCCAACGCCGAGGGCAACGUCCGACGCAUCCGCUGGAAGAAUAUUGCCACGGCGUUUCGGGAUUGGCGCAAGAUUCUCAUCGUCGUCUGGACGGCGUGUGCCACCGUCCCUGCGUAUGGUUUCGCCAUCUUUCUGCCCCUCAUCGUGCAAGGUAUGGGCUACAAGGGCGUCAGGGCCAACUUGAUGAGCGUUCCGCCGUUUCUUGUCGGCGCCGUGGCCCUCAUCACCUGGGUCUGGCUGUCCGACCACUUCAAGCAGCGAUCCAUCGUGGCCUCCACGGCCAUGUUCAUCUCCAUCAUCGGCUACAUCAUGAUGAUUGCUAGCCACGACGACAAGGUCCGGUACGGAUCCCUUUUCCUCAUCAUGAUUGGCGCCGGCAGCAUCAACCCUCUCGGCGGCCUGGAUCAACGACAACACCCCAGACAAGGCAACCCGCUCCAUCAUGAUGGGCAUCUACGGCUGGAACAACGUCGCGGGCCGACCGGAUUCCAGGUCUCGCGGUUUUUGUAUGUGCUCGAGAAUCGGAAGCGCCGCCGAGAGAUUGAAACUUGGACCGAGGAGCAGUUUGAGGAGGAGAAGGCAACUGCGGAGAGGCAGGGGCACAACAAGAAGUAUUUCUUGUUUGGAUAUUAA